CCUUAUCAAUGCCUGGUGUUCGAGCCAAAAUUUGACUGUGCGAGGUCUCUGUAAUUUUGUGACGAAUUUAAUUUGCUGGCUGAAUUAUGGAGGCAAAAGGGAUGCAUAUGUGGUUCCUUGUUUUAGUUUUGUUUUGGGCCGGAAGCACAUCUUACUCAUACUCAGCAUACCAAGAAUGGCAGAGCGAGUCACUGAGAGACGAUAUCGAUGACAAUUUCGAUAUUGUGUUUCCUGAAAGAAUUGACAAGGGACGCUCAAAGAGAGAUCUUUCCACAGGAUUAGAGAAUGGCCACGACGAGGAGGCGACGUUUAAGCUGAGAGCUUUUGGCAAAGAUGUUGUGGUGGAAGUUCAUAUUAACAAGAUGGUUUCUUCGCCACAGUUUACUCUUCGUUAUUUUAAAGAAGACGGCCAAGUGGUCCAAAGAAAGGAGGCACCGCCCAACUGCCAAUAUCAAGGUCACCUGAGAGGUCACGAGGCGCAGUCAACGGUCAUUCUUGAUACUUGUCAUGGAUUAAGCGGCUUGAUUGAAGACGAGGAUGGUAGAAUGUACAUAGAACCAUAUCCAGCAAAGGGGGAAGGAGCGCACAAGAUAUUCAAGACAAGAGACGGAAAAUGGAAAAUGUUUUCAUGUGGAGCCAGUUUGGACGGGAUUACCACAGCAGAAGAACUGAGCCAUUCACAGAUCAAAUCUAGGGUAAGGCGUGUAGCUGAAGAGUCAGUGUAUAAAAAAUACUUGACAACAACGAAAACAAGAUAUACGGAAUUAAUGAUCAUUGUUGACAAUGCUGUGUACAAGAAAUACAAGCAAGACAUUGACGACGUGAAACGAAGAGUUUUUACACUUGUAAAUGCUGUUGAUACGAUUUAUCGCAAGAUCAACAUUCGAGUUGUGUUAUCUGCGCUUGAAAUAUGGACUGACGAGGAUCACGUCCCUUUUGUGAAGAGAGCCGGUGAUGAUUUAAGAAAUUUCUUGAGUCAUCACUCCAGCAGACUGGCAGGCGUCACCUACGAUAGUAUACACCUGUUGAGGGGUGUGAUGUGGGACGAUUAUGGUGGAAUGGCAUACAGAGGAGAGAUUUGCACCAGACGAUCGCUGGGCGUGGAUGCGUGGAACUACUGGGGUUCCCUUGGUCCUUGGUUAGCUUUAUCUCAUGAACUUGGGCACAACUUUAACUUUGACCACGAUAACAUUUGGUCUUGCAAGUGUCUUUCACCCCGUGGAUGCGUUAUGGGUUCCUUCAAGACUCGAGUUCCAGGUUUCUCCGACUGUAACUUGCUAAACAUGACAAAGAUGGACGACAGCUGCCUUUAUAAUCUUCCGCAAAAGAUAGUAAACUCUACUUGCGGAAAUGGUAUUCCAGAGCCUGGAGAGCAAUGUGACUGUGGUACACCAGAGGAAUGCAAAUUACGGGAUCCCUGCUGUCAGCCAAAUGAUUGCCGCUUGAAGAAAUCCUCCCAAUGCAGUGAUGCACUGCACACAUGUUGCCGGAAGUGUCAAUCAUUUUGUUACCACGGAAAAUGUACAGCAUCAGCGGACUCUCAGUGCCAAAGUCUUUGGGGAGCAGGUGCUUCAAGUGCUCCCCGUGCCUGUUAUGAAAAAUUAAAUGUUGAAGCGCAAGGCUUUGGAACUUGCAGUGGGCAGACAAAUCUUCCCUGUGCUAGAAGGCAUGCUACAUGUGGUCAGCUGCAGUGCUCUUCACCAAGAGAUCGGCCAGUGGUGGAUUAUGGGAGUUACUACGAAUUAAAGAUUCUUCCCACAGGAGAGAAAUGCAGGGCAGCUAUUCGCAAGGGAGGAAAUGGGAAAGAGUUAGAAGGAAUGGUCAAAGAUGGAACAGUGUGUGGAAACAACGAGAUUUGUGUUAAAAAUCGAUGUACACACGUUGAUCGACUGGUUUCAUCGACCUGUCCAAAAACAAGUGAUGGCAAGGAAUGCGCGGGCAAAGGGAUAUGUACGAAUAAAGGAAAAUGUCACUGUCGGGGAAAUUUAGAUCCAGAUACAGCCUGCACAACAGCCAAACAAGUGCGCCAUGGACGCUGGGGCGCAUGGUCUAAAUGGAGCCCAUGUUCAAGAGUUUGUGGAGGAGGAAUAAAGACCAGGUAUCGAUUCUGUGAUAACCCAGCCCCAACACACAGAGGAAGAGACUGUGGCAAACAGAGGACAGAAAAGUCUCCUUGUAACACGAACAGUUGUCCAGUGGUUCAUUCGUGUCAUCAUCUUCUCUCUCUGGGAAAGCAAACUGGCGUCCAGUUCCCAGAUGGAGUGUACACAAUCAACCCUGACGGAAAAGGUGCGGUGAACACUUAUUGCGAUAUGACACGUGACGAUGGCGGCUGGACACUAUUGGUCACAAGCCACACAAACACGUGGACAGCUGAUAACAUCAGACAGAGAAAUCCGAACAGGCCGACUUUAAAUGGAGAUUUCUCCAUUUUAAACAAAGCGGAUGACAUCAAAAACAGUUUAAAUGUAGCUGGGGAAUGGUUUGAGUAUCGAAUUGAAGGCCAAGAAAGGGGUCGCUGGGGUGGAAUCUGGCGCGCUCCUCGUGAGUACACUUUCGUUGCCACGGACAACAAGCAGACCUUUGUCGAGUUGGUGAAGAAAUUCGACAAUUGGAAAUACGACGACUAUGGAGUGGAGAAAAGAAUGCCUUGGAUUUCUGGUCCUAAGUUAACGACUUCAUGGAAUGCCACUGGAGAUCGUCAGUGGGGAACUCUGAUCGCCAAUUCCAAACUUUUCUUCCCGGCGCCCUGGUUGGAUGGAAAAGACCUUGAACAGCAUCCAGUGAACAUUUGGUAUUGGGUCAGAGAACGGAGCUAUAGUCCUCCAAGGUCAUGUGCUGAGAUUCAGUUGAGAGGGUUAUAUAGUAAACCAUUAACAGAUGGUUUGUAUACAAUUAAGCCCGGUGAUCGUCAAGUUCAGACCUUUUGUAAAUUCAGUGACCAUGGUGGAGCCUGGACUCUAGUAUUGACAAGCGCAAGUGACAAUGGAUGGACAAGAGAUAGCGUGAAGUCAAGAAAUACCCAUAGUCCUUCAUUGUCCUCUGACUUUUCCCUCUUAGAGAUGGCAGACAAGAUUACGAAAAUGAAACACUUUCAGUAUCGGAUGGAGGAAGAUGGCGCCAACACGUGGGAGGGAGUCUGGACAGGAAAUGCUGGAUGCUCAUUUACCUCCAGUCGAUCAGACGGAGGAUGCGCGAAAUUACUUCACCAGCAGGGACACUGGGAUGCCGGUCAAGUCAAGUCCACCAAGCAUCUGCCACAUCUAACAACUUCCGGUUAUGCUCUGUUGACAAGUGCUGACGAUCAGACAGACAUUAAUAGCGCCAUUGUGUUGGAUUCAACACAUGGUGUAAGUCGAGCGAGAACUGGGAUUAAAAGACUCUGGCUGCGUGAGGGUACCUGGAGAUCCUGCAACGAGAUUAAAAGCGAAAACCGUGGAAACAAGGCAGCAGGAAAGGACGGACUUUACUUUAUUCGGAAGAAUUCCCAUGAGUACUUGCCGGUGUAUUGCGAUAUGACGUCAGAGCAAGGAGCUUAUACUCUACUCGUUACCAGUGCUUCCAACGGUUGGAAAAAGAACGAAGUUAAGCUUAAAAACCCUACAAGGCCGUUGCUAUCGAGGGACUACUCUAUACUUGGGUACGCUGACCAGAUUAAGGCUUUGGGUGGCGCAAAAAGGUUUAAGUAUCGUCUGGAAGCUAACGAGAGAGGACACUGGGGUGGAGUUUGGACGGCUCCAAUGAAAUACAACUUUGUUAACGAAAAUAAUCAGCAGACAGACAUUACUCUCGUGAAACGUUUUAACGUCUGGAGAUAUAACUGGCGGGAUUCUCUUGAGAAGCGCAUGCCCUGGUUAGGAGCAAGGUCGGGUUUAUUAACAACUUCGACACAUUCGGAUUAUUCCGAAUGGGGAUCGAUCAUCUCCGAAAAAACAUCGAACAAUCCUGCCCCUUGGAUAUACGGUGUAAUGGCGAACCCGGGCGUGAUAUGGUAUUGGAUGAACGAGGGUGAAAUCGACAAAAACCGAACCCAACCGACGCCAGCUCCAGAAAGUCCGAUCAGAGCACACGGUGGUUUUUGUCUCCAGCCUGAGAGUAGGGAUUGCAAUCCAGUGGACAAUACCAGACUGGUUUAUUUAAAGGACACGCCAGAAUGCUCAAAGGAUUAUAUGAUGUUUACAUACCACAAUGACAUUCUUACUCAUAAAUGUAGUGGAAAGAAAGUUUGUCCUUUAGGAACAGUGACCUGGCAAACACCGUUGAUCUUGUCAAACACGUGCCAACCAGAUGCGUCCAAAUUCCAUAGGACUAUUCAUACAACUCUGACACAUAAAGCAUCCGGGUUUUGUGUGCAUCCUUUAUCCGGGACACCCGUAAGCGGUACUACAGCUAUAAUGUGGAACGAUGAUUGCUCCGAAAACAGACUUCGACUGGACUUCCUAAAGUUACAAGUCUUUGACAGUCCAAUACAAGCAUCUGGGGGGUUCUGCCUUCUGCCAGAAAGCGCCAGCUGUACUCCAGCGGACAACAGUCCACUUGUCUAUCACCAGUCUUCUCGAUGCGACCAAAAUUACAUGUACUUCACUUAUAAAGGUGAAGUCCUCGUUCAUACUUGCAGCGGCAAAAGAGUCUGUCCCGAGGGAAAAGGAGUGACAGCGGAUAUGCGUCUGAUUCUCUCCAGCACUUGUGAUUUAAAUGCGUCGAAAUUUCAAAGGACUCCUCACAAAACAUUGAAACAUAAGGCGUCGGGGUUUUGUGUCCACCCGUAUAAAGGUCAACCAAUGGAAGGUGUCCCUGCUGUUUUUUGGAAAGACGAUUGUAACGAACAGAGGCUCGUACUGGAUCUUUACAAGCUUAAGGGUCCUGGUUAAAACCCACCGAGAUAUUGUGAUUUACAGUCUCAAGUGAAAGUUUACUUAUCUUCUGUUAAGUCUGACCAUGGAGAAGUCAAUAGUUUUAGACAAAUUAUCAAAAUAAAGAAAUCUGUGAUUAUCACUUAGAAAUUGUAUAAUGAA